GGGGUGGGCGUGAUAAUUAAUUAAGAUCCGCCACCACGGCGCGGCGCAGGCUGCUCGCUCGAAACUGUGAGGUGCAACUCCCGAUAAAAACGCCGUAUGGAAAGCUAGCUUCCUUUGCAAUCCAUCGGCCUAGGAGUAGUCGCUACACUAGAGACGAGGCGAGAGAAGCAGCAGUGAGCUGCGCCCAGCACGAUAUAGGGCAGAGCGGAGGGGAGUCGAGGAAGGAACAGAGGGGAGAGCACCAAUGGCGUGCCGCUUCCUCUUGGCCGUCCUCCUGGCGUCGUCCGCUUGGGUUGCGGCGUCCGCCGGCGCCGCGGACGAGGUCAUGGUCCCCCGCCCGGCGGCGGCGGCGGCGGCGCUCACCUUCGGGGAGGGCUACACCCAGCUGUUCGGGGACUCCAACCUCAGGCUCCACGGCGACGGCAAGCGAGUCCACAUCUCCCUCGACGAGAGGACAGGCUCCGGGUUCGCGUCGCAGGGCGCGUACCUCCACGGCUUCUUCAGCGCCAGCAUCAAGCUGCCCUCCGACUACGCCGCCGGCGUCGUCGUCGCCUUCUACAUGUCCAACGGCGACGUGUACGAGAAGACGCACGACGAGCUGGACUUCGAGUUCCUGGGGAACGUCAAGGGGAAGGAGUGGAGGGUGCAGACCAACGUGUACGGCGACGGCAGCACGGCGGUCGGCCGGGAGGAGAGGUACGGCCUCUGGUUCGACCCCACCCAGGACUUCCACCGCUACGCCAUCCUCUGGACCAAUCGCACCAUCGUGUUCUACGUGGACGGGACGCCGAUCAGGGAGGUGGUGAGGAGCGAGGCGAUGGGGGCGCAGUUCCCGUCCAAGCCCAUGUCGCUCUACGCCACCAUCUGGGACGGCUCCAGCUGGGCCACCUCGGGCGGCCGCUACAAGGUGGACUACAAGUACGCGCCCUACGUCGCCGAGUUCACCGACCUCGAGCUCCGCGGCUGCGCCCAUGCCCCGCCGGCGUCGUGCGAGCCGGAGGCGAUGCCGUCCGGGCAGCGGGCGGCGAUGGAGAGGGUCCGGGCGCGGCACAUGACGUACGGGUACUGCUACGACCGCGCGCGGUACCCGGCGCCGCUGCCGGAGUGCAGGGUGGGCGCGGAGGUGGCCAUGUACCUCCCAUCGGGCGAGGCCAGGUCGUCGGACCGGCGCAGGCACGGCAAGCGCCACCGUCGUGCCGGUGCCGCGGACUCCUCCCUCUGAUCUAUCUGAUGAUCGUUGCUGACUGUAGGCAGCGUGCUUGUGUAAUCGUGUCAUGCAUGUGUAACGUGAUUUGUAGCUUCAUCGUUGCGUAACUGAGCUAGUAGAAGUUGGGUGAUAAGUUCA